AUGUCUUUAUUCGGCACCUCUCCUGAUGAGCCCCCAGCAGUGGCCACUCCUUCUCGUUUGUCCAAAUCCUCUCUCUUUGAUGACGAACCCACCCACCACAGGUCCGGUUCAGCGCUGUUCGCAGAUGAUAGCACUGGCGGCGAUUCUCCCUGGGACAUGCCAACACCAAAGAAAGCUGGACAGCAAAAUCUCGUCAAAAACCUCCUCCCCACAUCAGAUGUCCCUGAAAGCUAUGUCGAUGCAUACGAACUAGUCGUCGAUGCUGGUAACCGGGUCGGUGCGGGGAUUGGGUUGACUGCGAUCCGAGAAAUCCUAUCCUCUAGUGGCCUGAACGCGGCGGAUCAAUCGAAGAUACUAAAUCUCAUUCUACCUGGGGGACAGGAGCCGUCCAAUUGUUUGGGACGGAAUGAGUUUAAUGUUUUGCUGGCCUUGGUUGGACUUGCUCAAGAAGGCGAGGAUCUUACUUAUGAUGCGAUUGAUGAACGACGACACAGUCUCCCCAAGCCGAAAAUAUCGUACUUGAAUGACCUCAAAUCUUCGAGCCAGCCUGCGCCUCCUUCACAACCCCAGGAAGAACCGUCACCAUCAAAACCCCAGCCGCAACCCGCAACUCCUCGACAAAGCUCUUUUGGCGCAUCAGAGUCGGACCCGUGGGGAAGUCCCGAUCUGCAUCGUGGACACAAUCACACUUCUGCACCUUCGAACGAGCCGACAUUAAAUGGAUUCGGUGGUGGCCGGUCUGCUACUAAUGGCUGGACUGCCAAUUCUACUACCACCGGCCCCGAGACCAACGCUGGGGUCCCGACAAACGGACAGGCUCCUCCUAGCAGCUCAGGAUCAGGUUGGAGUGGCUAUAACAACAAUACAAAUCCCCCCUUUGGAUCAGCUGGACCAUCCGGAUUGGACGGGUUCGGAGGAUCGGGAGGCGGCCAAGAUGGUUCCAACUUUCAAAGUCGAGCAAUCGGUAGCGGCCGAGCAACAGGUUCGGCUGUGGAGGAAGUCAUUACGAUCACUCUACUGUCGGAAAAAGAAGGCGUUUUCAUGUUCCAACAUCGCAACUACGAGGUCAAGUCAGCCCGUCGGGGUAGCUCCGUUGUACGACGCUACAGUGAUUUUGUGUGGUUGUUAGACUGCUUACAGAAACGAUAUCCUUUCCGUCAAUUGCCACUACUUCCUCCUAAGAGGGUUUCAGUUAAUGGCACUCACCUUUCAGCGGAUUCAAAUUCAUUCCUCGAGAAACGCCGACGUGGACUUGUACGCUUCAGUAAUGCCCUUGUUCGACAUCCUGUUUUGAGUCAAGAACAGCUCGUAGUAAUGUUCUUAACUGUCCCCACGGAGCUUUCAGUAUGGCGCAAGCAGGCCACAAUUUCAGUGCAGGAGGAAUUUACAGGCAGGGCUCUCCCCCCAGACCUCGAAGAUUCGUUACCGCCCACCCUCAACGAAACGUUUGAUACGGUGCGUUCAGGUGUAAAGCGCUCUGCAGAAAUCUACAUUAAUCUUUGCGCAUUACUUGAGCGAUUGGCAAAGCGCAACGAAGGACUAGCCGCAGACCAUCUUCGAUUCUCUUUGGCGUUACAAUCUUUGACCGAAGCCACGAACAGCACAUACGCCGUUGAUACCAAUGACGUGCCUCUUCUUAAUGAGGGUAUCAAUGCCACUGCUAGGCACCUUUCUACGAGUCAAAGUCUACUUGAAGAUGAGGCGAAGGCGUGGUCUGAGGGGGUCCUCGAGGAUCUAAAACGGCAACGAGACUGUCUCGUCAGCAUGCGUGACCUCUUCGAUAGGAGGGAUCGUUAUGCUAAGGACAAUAUACCUCAGUUAGAAAAGCGCAUUGAAAGCAAUGAAAAGAAGCUACAGGACUUGAGGGCUCGACCUCAGGGGACGGUGAAGCCCGGAGAGAUUGAGAAGAUAGAGGAAUCGAUCUUCAAGGACAAGGAAUCAAUCGUGCAGCAGCAUGCGCGGGGUGUGUUCAUCAAGGAGUGUAUCCGUGAUGAACUCACUUACUUCCAACAAAGCCAGUACCAUAUCAGCCGACUUCACCAGGACUGGAGCCAGGAGCGGGUCAAAUAUGCCGAGCUGCAGGCAGAUAACUGGAGGAACCUCAGUGAAGAGGUCGAAGGAAUGCCCAACGGGGACUAA